ACUGAGGUCAGUGGUCGCGCCUCCCAAGUCCCCCCUCUCGCCCUCCUUCCCCCCCCCCUUCCCAUUUCUUCCUCUUCUUUCUUACCCAACUCUUUCCGUUCUCAGCUGGCGUCCAUGGAAGCUACCCCCGGCGCCUCCUUGUUCCUGGACAGCAGGUCGGGCUUCCGGCCGGCCACCGCUGCCGAGGAGGUGCGGACGCUGUUCGUGGCCCGGAGGCCGCGAGCGGGGAGCAUCAGCUGGCCUCGCAGGGUGGCGGCGGCGGCGCUGGAUAAGCGCACCGGAAACGGGGGGAAGAAGGCCGCCGAUGCGCUGCCCAACUCCAACUAUGUCGUGCCCCUAGACAAGGCGUCCUGCCUCACCCGCCCUCUUGCGGAGAUCCUCCGGGACCUCAACAAGCGAGUCCCCGACAAGAUCAUUAAUACCGCCGACAAUUCCAUCCCUUGGUAUCAUACUAACAGAAUGUUGAGCUUUUAUGCCCCAGGCUGGUGUGGAGAAGUAUGCGAUGUUACCUUCUCCAACCAUGGAAGUGUAACAGUGGUUUAUCGUGUUACAAUCCGAGGAUCAGAUGGAGAGGCACACCGCGAGUCCACUGGAACAGUGUCUCUAAAUGAUGACAGGUUUGAAGAACCAGUUGCAGCAGCAGAAGAAAUAGCCUUCUGCAAGGCCUGUGCUCGCUUCGGUUUUGGCUUGUACCUGUACCAUGAAGACCAGAGCCUGUAGAGAGGAUUCUCUCCUUUUUCUCAUCUUCAACAUCCUUGUCGUUGCAUGUAUGGGUUGUACCACCUUGAAAAUGUCAUCUAUGAAAAUUUCGCAGGUCAAUAGGACAUGCAUCUUCCUUUUGAUGUAAAUAUCAGAGAUACCUGUACUACUAUGCAUCUCUUGCAGGCCCUCCUUUCCAAUUCCAUCAGAUGUGUAACUGCCCGAGGCAAUGUUGAUGAGUAGAUGUUACAAGUAUUUCCCCACCGCAACAAAACAUUUUAAGUUUCUACAAUGUUAUUUCAGAUUUCAGUUGCUUUGUCA